GAGCAGGAACAAAUAGUAACAAAGAGAAAUAAUGUAAAAAGGCAGCAGUAGAAUCAGAGAAAAUAGACUCAAGCAUAUCUCCAGAUAUGAGUGAAGUAUUUCAAACUGUCAUCAUGGGACUACGUGGCUUUUUAAAAGAGUACUUCCAAAGUUUCUGGGACUAUGAGACCCCCAAAGUGAUGGUGGUUAAGAACAGAACUCUCGGAGUCAUUUACAGGGCUGUCCAGUUUCUUGUGAUCACUUAUUUUAUCUGGUAUGUUUUUAUAAGUCAAAAAGCAUACCAGGAGAGUGAAGCCCGUGCAGAUAGCUCUAUUUACACUCGCAUGAAAGGCACAGCAGUUCAUGGAGAUGAUAUUCUGGACACUGUGGAGUACGCUCGCCCCUCAGAGGGUGGUGAUGUUAUCAGUACAAUACUGAGAAGAGAAUUCACUUUUGAUCAGAGGCAAGGCACCUGUGCUGAGUAUUUCAAUGUUGUCAAUGCCAAUUGUACAACAGACUCUGAUUGUGUCGAGGACGAGGUCAACUUUGAUGGCCAUGGGAGGAGGACUGGAAGAUGUGUACAGUACUACAAUCAUACCUUUAAAACCUGUGAGAUCCAAACCUGGUGUCCUAUUGAGGAGUAUGCUGCUGUACGAGAACCACCAUUAGUGGAGGCCAUCAAUUUCACCGUGUUCAUCAGAAACUCUAUCCUCUUCCCCAAGUUUAAAGUACUGAGGGGAAAUAUUAAGGAAGCCCCAUUCAAGAUUAGAAAGAGAUACCUGAAUAAGUGUCAUUAUCAUGAGGAGAAAGAGCCCUACUGUCCAAACUUCCGCCUGGGUUACAUUGCAAAUCAAGCCAGAGAGAAUUUCACUGAGCUCUGCAGGACUGGAGGAGUGAUUGGUGUUUUCAUUAACUGGGACUGUAACCUGGAUCUGGAUCCUUCACACUGUAAACCUACAUAUUCAUUCCGCCGACUUGAUCUCCGAAAGGAUCAGGACAACUCUGGGUACUACUACAGGUUUGCCAAAUAUUACAGUAAGAAUGGAGUAGAGUCUCGGACGCUCAUCAAGGCCUACGGCAUCCGCCUAGAUAUCAUAGUUCAUGGACAAGCUGGUAAAUUCAGUCCUAUUCCAACCAUCAUCAGCUCAGUGACUGCUAUGACUUCAGUUGGGAUUUGUACUAUUAUCUGUGACUGGAUCAUGCUGACAUUUAUUGACAAGAAUGAAGUCUACAGUGAAAGAAAGUUUGAUGAAGUGAUUAAGGAGCCUACAGAUCACAUUCCCACAGAGCUCUUCUACAUCAGCAGCUAUGGCUCAACCCAUUCAGACUUGUCAGACGGCGUACCACUCUGAUGCCUUCAGAGCUGCCUCAGUCAUCAAUCACCAAGUGCAUGAACUCACUUUU